GGGAUUCUGUUUUUUUUUUGUCCCUGAAGCAAAACAAACAAGUUCGUGUGCGGAGAUCUAGCCGGCGGCGGCGUCUUCGAAUUUUUCCGUGGCUGCGUUUGACGUUGCCACGAAGACGACGAAGAUGGAUUACCAGAACAAGCUUGUUCUUGCUCCCAUGGUUCGAGUGGGAACGUUGUCGUUUAGGAUGUUGGCAGCUGAGUACAGCGCUGAUAUUACCUACGGUGAAGAGAUCAUUGAUCAUAAGCUUGUUAAGUGCGAACGCCGAACUAAUGUUGCUUUUGGGACAACUGAGUUUGUGGAGAAAGGAACAGAUAAUGUCGUCUUUAGCACAUGUGAGGAAGAAAAAAAUAGGGUUGUUUUUCAGAUGGGAACUUCUGAUGCUGUUAGAGCACUAAAGGCUGCUGAGAUUGUGUGCAACGACGUUGCAACUGUUGAUAUUAAUAUGGGUUGCCCCAAGGCCUUUUCUAUUCAAGGAGGAAUGGGUGCUGCUUUAUUAAGUAAACCCGAACUAAUUCAUGAUAUUUUGGCAACACUUAAGAGGAACUUAGACGUGCCGGUUACUUGCAAGAUUCGAUUAUUAAAAUCACCAGCAGAUACUAUUGAACUGGCUAGGAGAAUUGAGAAACUUGGUGUACCAGCUCUUGCCGUACAUGGGAGGAAAAUUGCAGACAGGCCAAGAGAUCCAGCUAAAUGGGAUGAAAUUGCAGAUGUUGUGGCAGCUUUAUCCAUUCCUGUCAUUGCAAAUGGUGAUGUUCUAGAAUACGAUGAUUUUUCUCGCAUUCAAGCUGCAACAGGCGCUGCAUCAGUGAUGGUUGCAAGAGGAGCUAUGUGGAAUGCUUCAAUUUUCUCUCCAAAAGGAAAAUCUCACUGGGAAGAUGUGAAAAAGAAAUACCUUAGAAAGAGUAUCUUGUGGAAUAACGAUGUUAAAAGCACAAAAUACACGAUAAAGGAGAUGAUAGCGCAUCAUUCUUGUCUUGAACUACCCGAAGGGAAGUCUAUCAACAAAGCGGACACUUUAGAAGAUCUAGCGCGGCUUUACGAUUUGGAAGAUUACUUUUGGACAGUGAAGAAUGUUGGUCCCCUGACACAUGACUUGCUUCAUGUUUUGUGAUACUGAAAGAAUACGCCAUAUCUUUUUGUAAUCUCUUUUGAAUUCUAUAUAUAUAUAUAGGAAUCCCAUUGUCUUUACUAAAACUAGCCGAUUGGUAAACAAACUUAAGUUUUUUCUGAAGUAUAGAAAUCAAUUUAUUUUUA